AUGACUACUCCUACUGUUAAGCUGAGCAGCGGCUAUGAGAUGCCCCUCGUGGGUUUCGGUCUGUGGAAGGUAAACAACGACACCUGCGCAGACCAGGUCUACAACGCCAUCAAGGCCGGCUACCGCCUGUUUGACGGCGCCUGUGACUACGGCAAUGAGGUCGAGUGCGGCCAGGGUGUUGCCCGCGCCAUCAAGGACGGCCUCGUCAAGCGCGAGGAGCUCUUCAUCGUCUCCAAGCUCUGGAACAGCUUCCACGACGGCGACAAAGUCGAGCCUAUCUGCCGCAAGCAGCUCGCCGACUGGGGCGUAGACUACUUCGACCUGUACAUCGUCCACUUCCCCAUCUCCCUGAAAUACCUCGACCCAUCCGUCCGCUACCCACCCAGCUGGACCACCGCCGACGGCAAAGUCGAGCUCGGCAAGGCCAGCAUCCAAGAGACCUGGACCGCAAUGGAGUCCCUCGUUGACCUGAAGCUUGCCCGCAGCAUCGGUGUCAGCAACUUCAGCACCCAGCUUCUCAUGGAUCUGCUCCGUUAUGCUCGCAUCCGCCCCUCUACUCUGCAGGUUGAGCACCACCCCUACCUUACCCAAACUCGCCUGGUCGACUAUGCCCAGGGUGAAGGUAUUGCUGUGACUGGAUACUCUUCAUUUGGACCUUUGAGCUUCCUCGAGUUGAACCUGAAGGAUGCUCAGGAUGUUGGUCCUUUGUUUGAGCAUGAUGUUAUCAAGGGUAUUGCGGACAAGUACUCUCGCACACCUGCUCAGGUUCUGCUGCGUUGGGCUACACAGAGAAAGGUUGCUGUUAUUCCUAAGAGUAACAGCCCCACAAGGCUGGCUCAGAACUUGCAGGUGACUGACUUUGAUCUGGAGGCUGGUGAGCUUGAGGCUAUCAGUGCUUUGGACAAGGGUCUUCGCUUCAACGACCCUAUUGCUUACGGUCUUGGAAUCCCCAUCUUCUAA